GAAAAUGUUUCCACUGUACCAAGCAGUGCAGAUGAGUGAAACCCCAGCAGGACUCUGGGAGGCAAACACCACUAGCUCUUAUCAAGGCUCCUGCCCACACAGUCAUAUGAUGCAUGUGCCCGUACCUGCAGGGCGGUGGGCAGCCCUUCGCGGGGGUGUGACGCCGUCCUCAAGAGCAGGAGACGGGGGCGAGAGGCUGCCUGGUCUCUCUCCAGCGAGCGGGGACGUCUCCAGCAGGACUGAGGCUGCAGGAGGGGGACGGGUUGGCUCCCCGUCCUGCCGAGGGGCUGCCGGUCCCACUGCCUGCCACAUCUGCCCCUCCACCCGAGCCGAACAAAAUCUUCAGCUUGAUCAGGAGAAGCCGAGUGACGUUGGCUGGUCCCGGUGUGCUGGGACGAGUGGAGCCCAAGCCAGGGCCAGGAGGAAGCCGUGCAGGACGCGUCAGGUCUGUGCUGCUGUUUGGGCAGGUGGCAGGAUGGCUCGGAGGAUGAGCAUCAACGAGCUGGAGGACCAGCUACUCUGUCCCAUCUGCUUGGAGGUCUUCAAGGAGCCCCUGAUGCUGCAGUGUGGGCACUCGUACUGCAAGUCCUGCGUGGUGCCACUCUCCAGAGAGCUGGACAGGCAGUUCCUCUGCCCCGUGUGCCGCCAAACGGUGGACUGCAGCGCCUCACCGCCCAACGUCACACUGGCCCGUGUCAUCGAGGCGCUGCAGAGCCGGGGCGAGGCAGAGCCCACCCCAGAGUCCUGCCCAAUGCACCACAACCCCCUCAGCCUCUUCUGCGAGGCUGACCAAGAGGUGAUCUGUGGGCUGUGCGGCACCAUUGGCAACCACCGCCAGCACAAGAUCACCCCCAUCUCUACUGCGUACUGCCGGAUGAAGGAGGAGCUGUCUGUGCUGCUGACUGAUGUCCACCAGUACAAAAGGAACCUGGAUGAACACUUCAGCAAGCUCAUCAACAACAAAAGCCGCAUUGCAAACGAGGCAGAUGUCUUCAAGUGGGUGAUCCGGAAGGAGUUCCAGGAGCUGCACAGAUACAUCGAUGAGGAGAAGGCCACCUUUCUGGAAAGCAUCGAGGGGAAGGCAGCCCAGCUCAUCACCUCCAUUGAGUCCCAGGUCAAGCAGACAUCAGAUGCCCUACAGAGGCUUAAGGAGAUGCAGAGCUCCCUGGAGGCACUCAGCAAUGAAAGCCAGCUUGAUUUCAUCCGGAAAUACAGCUCCUCCCAGUUCAGGUCAGAGCUCCCCAGCCUCCACCCCAGCGAUGGCAUCUUUAGCCCCGUGUCCUUCAAGCCGUGUUUCCACCAAGAUGACAUCAAGAUGACUGUGUGGAAGCGCCUGCACCGCCGUGUCCUGCCAGCUCCAGAGACGCUGAAGCUGGACCCGGUGACAGCACAUCCCCUCCUGGAGCUCUUCAAGGGUGACACGGUGGUGCAGUGUGGGCUCUACCAGCGCCGGGACAGCAACCCCAAGCGUUUCGACUCCAGCAACUGCAUCCUCACCUCCAAGGGCUUCUCCUGCGGCCAGCACUACUGGGAGGUGAUCGUGGGCACCAGGAACCACUGGCGCGUGGGCAUCAUCAAGGGCACAGUCAGCCGCAAAGGGAAGCUCAGCAAGUCUCCUGAGAAUGGUGUGUGGCUCAUCGGCCUGAAGGAGGGGAAGGUCUACGAGGCCUUCAGCACCCCACGGGCCGCCCUGCCGCUGACCGCCCGGCCCCAGCGCAUUGGCAUCUACCUGCACUAUGAGAAGGGCGAGCUGACCUUCUACAACGCCGACAACCCCGACGAGCUCGGCCCCAUCUACACCUUCCAGGCAGAGUUCCAGGGCCAGCUCUACCCCAUCGUGGACCUGUGCUGGCCGGAGCGAGGGCCCUACUCGCCCCCCAUCAUCCUGCCCGUGCCCGCCACGAGCCGGCACCCUCAGGCACCGUACAACCACCCUGCCCCAGAGGAACCCACAAAGCUGUAGCCCAGCUGGUGGGAUGAGACCGUGGCCGAGUCCCGGGGGCCUGCAGCAGAGGAGAGCUGGGCUGUGUGCAGGGUUGUGCUGAGGUGGAAGCUGUGGUACUGCAGACUGAGCUUCAGCAGCACAGGAGGGUCCUUCCCCUCUCCCCCAAGAGCAUAAAAUGUCAGCCUUGACCUCUGAAUCCCCAUCCCCAGUCUGGCAGGCUGACCCAAAUGCCUAAAAUAACAGCUGGCCUGUGGAGAAAGGUGGGCCUGCCUGAAAAGCACGAGCCGUGAGCAUCCGGGGUCUUUAUUGGCAUGUCUUUCUUCUGAAUAAAUGGUUUGUUAGGGGA